AGAGGGAGAGAGAGAGGAGCAGAACAGUUUCAAACACGUCGGCAUAAAUCUCGCAUCCAGAGCUCCCCUCUUUUUCUCUCCCCCCCCUUCUUCUCCUUCCCUUGACGGACUUCAUCACUUUUUAUUCCUCCGCGCGCCAAUGCCCGAGACCGCGCCGAAACGGAGGAUUCUUUCUUUCCCUUGAGCAUGAAAAGGAUUGCCAAAUCAUCCGCAAUCCAACACCGCCGACCGAGCCACCACCACCGCCACCACCAGCAGCAGCAUGAGCACUGGAUACAUAUGCUCCAGCAGAAGUUGUUGGCCGGAGAACUAACACAUCUCGGACCGCAGAUACAGCGAAGAGGGGAGAGUCAGUUUUAGGUCUCCACAUAAUGGAGCGAGAAUGAACAGAGAGCGGCUUAAAAAAAAGCAUGAACUGGAGGUUUAUUGAGGUCAUCUGCUUCCUGUUUAUAUGGGACCAUAUAACAGUUCAGUCUUCCCGCCAGGACCCGUUGGCCACUGAACAACAUGUCACCAAGCAAUAUGACUGGCUCAUCUCUGACCGUGGACCUUUCCACCACUCUCGGAGUUAUCUGUCCUUUGUGGAUAAAUUCCGCCAAGGAUUUACGACCAGAUAUAAAAUUUAUAGGGAAUUUGCACGUUGGAAGGUGAGGAACACAGCGAUCGAGAGAAGGGACCUGAUCCGGAACCCGGUGCCGCUCAUGCCUGAGUUCCAGCGCAGCGUACGCUUGCUGGGCCGCAGACCCACUACUCAGCAGUUCAUCGACACCAUUAUUAAGAAAUAUGGAACUCAUAUUCUCAUCUCAGCCACCCUGGGAGGAGAGGAGGCGCUGACUAUGUACCUGGCCAAAAACAAGCUGGACAGGAAGCUCGCCAACGCUACUCAGAACGUGGAAGCCCUUCAUCAGCUGGCCUCGUCCUACUUCAUUGACCGUGACGGCACGAUGAGGAAGCUGCAUGAGAUACAAAUAUCCACCAAUGCCAUCAAGGUGACGGAGACACGGACGGGGCCACUGGGAUGCAGUAGCUACGACAAUCUGGACUCAGUCAGCUCUAUCCUUCUGCAGAGCCCGGAGAGCAAGCUUCAUCUGCAAGGUCUGCAGGUCAUUUUCCCAGAAUACCUGCAGGAGAAGUUUGUCCAGUCAGCUCUGAGCUACAUUAUGUGCAAUGGAGAGGGCGAGUAUGUGUGCCACGAAAACCAAUGCAUCUGUCAGUGCGCCGACGAGUAUCCCCAAUGCAACUGUCCCAUCACUGACAUCCAGAUUAUGGAGAACACACUGCUGGGGAUGUCUGAGUCCUGGGCUUCCUCUUAUAAAGACUUUGAGAACUCUGACGAGUUCAAGUCAUUCCUGAAGAGGCUGCCCUCCACUCACUUCCUGCCCAUCAGCAGUGUGCAUCUCCUGUGGGGAAGCGACUGGGACCUCCAGGCCCGCUACAGGCUCCUCCAGAGUUCCCUGGAGAUCCAGCGGCUCAAGAUUCAGCGCACCGCCCGCAAGCUCUUCGGCCUCAGCAUCCGUUGUCACCACAACCCAAACCACCAGAUGCCUAGAGAGAGGUCUGUGAUGCAGUGGCUCAACAGAGUUCAGUCCUUCCUCUACUGUAAUGAGAACGGCUUCUGGGGGACCUUCCUGGAGAGCCAAAGGACAUGCGUGUGCCACACGGGUGUCACCCUAUGCCAGCGACCGAUCCCAUGUGUCAUAGGGGGCAACAACAGCUGUGCCAUGUGCAGCCUGGCCAACAUCUCACAAUGUGGCUCCUGCAACAAGGGCUACAAGUUGUACCGUGGUCGCUGUGAGCCCCAGAAUGUGGACUCAGAACGUAGUGAGCAGUUCAUCAGCUUUGAAACCGAUCUGGACUUUCAGGACCUGGAACUCAAAUACCUGUUGCAGAAAAUGGAUUCACGACUGUACAUUCACACUACUUUCAUCAGUAAUGAGAUCCGACUAGAGACCUUCUUUGACCCCCGAUGGCGUAAGCGCAUGUCCCUGACCCUCAAAAGUAACAAGAACCGGAUGGACUAUCUACACAUGAUCAUCGGACUGUCAAUGAAGAUCUGCCAGAUGAGAAACAGCAGCAUUGACCCCAUGUUCUUUGUUUAUGUCAACCCAUUCAGUGGCAGCCACUCGGAGGGCUGGAGCAUGCCAUUUGGGGAACACGGUUACCCACGCUGGGAGAAAGUACGACUGCAGAACUCGCAGUGCUUCAACUGGACUCUCCUGCUGGGCAACCGGUGGAAGACCUUCUUUGAGACGGUGCACAUCUACCUGCGAAGCCGUGCCAAGAUCCCAACUGGCCUGCGCAAUGACACGGGACAGGGCCCAGUUGAUCUUGCAGACCCUAACAAGCGCCAGAUCUACAUAAAAAUAUCUGAUAUCCAAGUGUUCGGCUACAGCCUGCGCUUUAAUGCCGACCUGCUCCGCAGUGCUGUGCAGCAGGUUAACCAGUCGUACACACAAGGAACUCAGUUCUACUCAUCCUCAUCUGUUAUGCUCCUGUUACUGGACAUUAGGGAUCGGAUUAACCGCCUUGCGCCUCCAUCUGCACCCGGCAAACCCCAGCUGGACCUCUUCUCUUGUAUGCUAAAGCAUAGGCUCAAGCUCAACAACAGCGAGAUGAUUCGAGUAAAUCAUGCCUUGGACAUGUACAGCACAGAGAUACUAAAACAAUCAGAUCACCUGACUGCUAAACUCUGUUGAACAUAGUGACAUAAGGACAGCAAACAGAAACACCCAACAAAUGAACUAUGAGGGGGAUAUUAAUCUUAAUUUUGUUUUUCUCUUUUUCAUUUUUGGACCUUUUCUGCCUUUUGAUGUAAUAUUAACUUUGUAAGCAUAAUUCUUAAAGAGAAAAAGGAAAAAGGCAGUGAUGAAAAGCAUUUCAGGCAGAUAAAGAAGAUUAAUGGAAUCACUAUAAGGACUGUAUCAUAUUUGUCCCAGCAUGUCUGUCAUUCCCUAAAAGAACUUAAAAGAGAGAGUGAGAAAAAAAAAAAGAAAAAAGAAAAAAAAAACAAGAAAAAGAAAUAUUAAAUCUAUGUACUGGUGAAAAAGAGGCCUUGAUUUUACUCCGAGGGAUCAAAAAGGUUGUAUCUGAAACUGCCAUUCUUUACUGAGAAAAAAAAAAAACAUUUUUAAAGGAAUAAUGACAUAACACAAGGGCAGACCAGAUAUCCUUUUAUUUCAGCUAAUGUGCAAAAUAUUUCAGACAUAACGGACGGUUUAAUAAUAAAAAUGUUUAUACAUUGUAAGGAUUAAAUAGCCCUAGUGAGCAAGUAGUCAACACAUUACUUAUAGGCUCUUUAUUACAUUUCAAACCCACAGCGAAUCUGCAUUUGCUCUGUGAAUUAUGAGGCACUCUGUCAUUGUUCUGACACGUAAGGCACACAGCAGGGCGGUAAUGGAUAGUCAUGUCAAAUAACAAAAAGCCAGCUGUUUAUAUAUACAUAUACAGUAUAUGUGGGUGAAUGUGUGUGUAUGUGUGCGUGCGCGUGUGCAAGUGUGCGUACACCUUUUUUUGGCUUGAUGCUUAUUGCUGUUCGUUAAUUGAAUGUGUCAUUUUGAGAUUGACUCCAGUCUAAGCUAAAAUCUUGCAUUUGGAGCGCUUCUUCCCGUGUUUGAAAUUCAAGCUGUGUUUUUUCACAAGGCAGUACCUCCUGGUGCGUGAGUGCAAUAUUGUGGUCUGAAGAUUUAACAAUCAAUGCUAUUUUGUACAGCUUUGCAAAAUGUACAUGUUGUGACUGCUGAUUUGUGGAGCUUUUCAGCACCAAGAGCAAAGUGUAAACAUUCAUCGUUCAGGCACAUUUGCAAGACAACCUAAAGCCAUACACUUCCCCCGAGGUAGACAUAAUGGUGAGACAUAACGUUUCAUCCCCGUAUCACAAAGUACUCACUUCAUAACAUGGAAAAAAAGUGUUCCAUUUGUAUGUUUUUAUUUUAUUCUCUCGGUUUUUAGAUAAGAGCACAGCAAAAAAGACGGACGACAAGAGAAGGCAUAUUAUGUUGGAUAAGAAUCGUGUUGUAAAGCCAUUGAAAUUUCUCUGUUGUGCCACAGGAAAAAAAAAGAACAAAAAAGAAAAAAGAAAUGGUUAUAUUAAAGCUUGAAAUACCUUUUUCGGCAGUGUUUAAUCUGUAAGCUUUCUACGACCAAAUGUAAAGAUUUUUUCUUUCCAGAUAUGAAAUCUAACCUUGUUUAUGUGUAUUGCUGGUGGAAACAUCAACAGAGCUGCAACGUUUUUUUUGUGUUGUUUUUUUUUUUUCUUUUUUUAACAACUCAGUCGUCAAAUUGAGACAUGAAACACUACCUAUGUAUUGUUGGUCACACUUUAUUUGGGUAUUUGAUGCUGAAACAUUACUAUUGCUGAUGAAUUUUUAUUUUUGGUUUGUUUUGGUUUGUUUUUUUUGUAGGUCUAGUCCAUUAUGUGCAUGUUUGUUAAAGACAACAAAGGCAAGGUCGCUCAUGUCAUACAACCUAGCAGUUCUAGCUGUAGAUGGGUGUGAACUUCAAAAAAAAAAAAAAAAACAAGAGAGGGACUUCAUUUUUGCUGCCAUGGCGUCCGAAACUCUGGAUAAACCUUCCUCCCAGUGUCAAAGCUGCCAGCCCAGUUGAAAGCUUUUAGAAUAACAUCUAAAAACUUUUUCUGUUUUUUUUUUUUGUGUGUUUUUUUUUCUUUUAAUUCUUUUAUUAUGUCUGUUCUCUUUGUAUAGUUAUAGCUGAUUGGUUUGUCAUUUUACAUUUUAAUUUUGUUUUCUUUAAAAAUACUUGUUAUUUGAGACUAAUCCAGCUGUAUGAAGAGGUAUGUAAUAUAUCUGGGAACAACCAUGGCAGAUUGUGACCCGGAUGUGGGUGGGAACAACAGUGAAACUAGAAAAGCAGGUUUGGAACUUCACGGCCAAUCCACUACCUCUUGACAGCAGUGGUCAAAAUUUGGGGGCGAUGAUUUGGUCAAGAAACAGCAGCAGAACAAACCUGGUUCUGAUCUUAAGGACGCAGUUUUCCACUGUGGAUUUGUCUUCAUCCACAAUCACAACUUAAAUAGUUGUCUCUAGAUAUGCACUUUUGUCAUGAUUGAGGCACACAGAGUCAUGUCUGGCUUUGUGUGAUGGAUUAUCCUCAUGUAUUAUUUUACAGUUUCAGUCUUUCUGUGAAGCACUCGAGAGCUGCUUGGAAAUUUCACUUUGUAACUACAUUGUUUCAAUCCAAGUCGUAUCGGUUUCAGGCAAUUCAGUUGUCUGCAAAAUAGCUGACCAGUUUCCAAAGUAUGGGUUUGUGCAAAUGUGGCGGUCCAUUCAGGAAAAAAUCACAGGCUUAGAUUCCACCAGGCACAGCUGUGUCCAGUUCGAGUUCUGGCAGAAACACAAAUUUUGUUCUGUCCACUGCAUGGCUUCAUACCACAUUGGAAGUGUUUCAGAAGCGGAGCAUUUUUGCCUGCCAGCUUUUUAUGGACCUGCUCAGAUUUCUUUUUGAUUUAGUCUUUUUUUUUCAUUAAUUUUUGUCCUGCUAUCAUGGGUAACUAGGCCAUGAAGUUUUCUUCUUGCUUUCUUUUGUUUUUGGCUGUUUUGACAUAAUAUAUGAUCGGGGGUCAAUGCAGAGAGUUUUAUUUUUUAAAUUUACCAGAUCUUCUAUGCUGUUCCUGUGCCUGACAUUCUACUUGGCUCGAUCUGCUCUAUUAAAGGUCUAAUUUGUAAGGACAUGCACGUUGCAAAAUACCAAUGCUUUGUAUCGGAAAGUUGGGAAUUAGACUCUCAAAUCUUUCCAAAACUUUCAAACUAAUUGGGCCUUGAUGGAGAAGAGGAGGAUUGACGCAGUCUCCAUCGAAAACAAAGACACAAAAUUAAAGCAGGGGCAGAUCGGACAGCUGCUUCUGAGAUGCUUGGGCUGUAUUUGUAGGAAUCCCAAGCAUUUUUGAGAACGGCCACGGCCAGCCUCGUUCGCAUCCGGAACGCGACACCAACAAGUCCGGUGGAAUCAAGCAGUAAGGCUCAGGUUGUCAAGCUCAGCUCUAUGUUUAUCCAAUAAUCUCACAGUACAGUACUUUGAGCAGUGUAUAUCUUUAUCAGGUUAAGAGCAUCCGUAAAGGUGUCUCUCGUGAGUAAGCGGUCAUGUCUGCAUUGCUGAUUUAUUUCCAACUUGCAUAGGUAAAGAUCAGCAGCAAGGAGAGAGAGGGUUUCUGGAUCACUGGGUGUCAGUGAAGUGUACUCCAAGAGCCGUGGUAUUGCGCUGGUUUAUCAAGCUCACUUAUCACUUUCAAGGCUGUUAGCAUGCUAAUGUGUCUAUGCUAUUGCAAACGUAGUAGACUAGAGCUGAUUUUGACAAUCUAAGCAUUCAGUCAUAGAGAUGGCUGCAAGACUGGAAUCAAUAGAAAUGCAGUAAAUUAGGGGACUUCUGAGAUUGUUGAGCUUCACCAUUGGACUAUCUAAAUGAAUUGUUUUAUUAUUAUUAUAUUAUUAUUAUUAUUAAGUGCCUGUUAUCUAUCCCUUUAACACAUUUAGAGCUGGAGAAAACCUUUAGAUGUUACACAGAGGACUGACACAGAAUUAGCUAGAAUUUAAGACCAUUAAAUUUCAAACAUACACUUUUCAUCUCCUCCCGAGAAAACUACACCUUUCGAGGAGGUUUGUGCAUGUGGGCAGGGGUUGGGGGGGGGGGACGACCACCAGAUAAGAGACAAAGGACGACUUGAAGAAAAUGGUGGAUAUUUUAUUUUUGUCCCGUUGUACAGUAAAUCUGUAAAUAUUAACUCUGCUACGAUAACAAUAUUAUGAAAUAUAACAGUACUGAAAGGGAAUACAAAGACUACUUCAUGAAGCGCCCUCGAUUUGAGUACAUUGGCACAAAGUACAGGGCACCCAUGUCUUAUGUAUCAAAUUAGAUUUCAUGACAAUUUAUGACUGUUUUUCUAUUGUCAGAACAUACUGUACAUUGCAAUUUAGUUUCAAGCCACUGCAAGGUCCAUAAAACAAGCACAUUUACUCGUAUGGCAUUAUGCUACCACAGUGUUGCUUACAUGUAUCCAUGGAUAUGUCUGAAGAUUUUUACACCUAAUACCUUGCCUAUGUACUUUUUUGCUGUUCUGUUGAGAUCAUUAUAUCAGCUUAUUUCAAAUGAAUGUUUCAUAUAAUAAUCUAUUUCUCAUUAAAAGGCUAUAUUUAAUAAGAA